UCUCUUGACCGCUGCCUCUGCGACGAAGUUUGGAGCGGAGCCGAUCGGCGGUAAUGAGAGACGUUGCUGGAAAUGACUAUCUUCAUUUUUUGCAGAACUGCUUUUGUGAUUAAAUGUAUUGAACGAAUUGCGAGUUUGGCGUUGAUGAUAUUCUCUCAAACUGGACUAAUUAAUAAUUCUGCUACCGAACUGUCUAAUCUGAAGUAGGACGCAUAGGCUCCUAAAACGAAUCGCCAUUGUGAUCCUUUCACUCUGGUGCAAGAAAAAGUUAUAUUUUUCACCCAUCGUGAGAAAGGAAAAGGUAUCCCACAAAACGAUUAGGAAUUGAAACGUUUGGAACGGGAUGUUUUAUCCCUCUUAAAUCCUAUUCUACGUCGAAAUGGAUCAGGCGCCUCCAGCUCUCCCUCCUAGGUCAACAAAGCCCAUGACCUCCACCAUGAGCCACAACUGCCUCAGGGAAGCCCCAGUCUUUCCCCUGCAAGAUGCCGAGUGGUACUGGGGAGACAUUUCCAGGGAGGAAGUCAACGAGAAGCUCUGCAACACACCUGACGGUUCCUUCCUAGUUCGUGACGCUUCCACUAAGACACAAGGAGACUUCACUCUGACGCUGAGGAAAGACGGCCACAGCAAGUUGAUAAAGAUCUACCACCGUGAGGGGAAGUACGGAUUCUCAGAGCCCCUGACCUUCAGCUCCGUGGUGGAGCUCAUCUGGCACUACCAGCAUCAUCCUCUGGUGGAAUACAACGCUGUGCUUGACGUCAUGCUCACACACCCCGUAUCCCGCUUCCAACAGGAUGAGCUGGUGGAAGAGGACAGUGUUGACGUGGCUGGGAGGAAGCUCCAGGAGUACCACAGUCAGUAUCAGGAGAAGAGUCAAGAAUUUGACCGUCUAUACGAGGCCUACAGUAAAACCUCACAGGAGAUCCAGAUGAAGAGAACAGCGAUAGAUGCCUUCAACGAGACCAUGCUGAUCUUCGAGGAGCAGUGUCGUGAGCAGGAGCGUUACGGGGAGGAGUGUGAGAGGAGCAGUCGAUCUGAGGGAACAGAGAAGGACCUGGAGAGCUUCCUAAUGAACUAUGAGAAGCUGAAGUCUCGGCUGGGGGAGAUCUACAACAGUAAGGUCCACCUGGAGCAGGACUUGAGGUCCCAGGUCCAGGACUAUAGAGAGACAGACAGGAGGAUCAACAGCCUCAGGCCUGACCUCAUAGAGCUACGCAACAUCAGGGACCAGUACUUCAAUUGGCUGAAUCACAAAGGUGUGCGACAGAAACGCAUGAAUGAUUGGCUGGGGAUCCAAGACGAUAGCAGUGACGACACCUAUGUGUUGAAGGGGGAACGGGAGAGGCUGGCGCACCAUGAUGAGGGGACCUGGUUCGUGGGAGAGCUGAGCAGGACGCAGGCUGAGGAGAUGCUGAUGGACAAACCCACCGGAACCUUCCUGAUCCGAGAGAGCAGCAAGCAGGGCUGCUACGCCUGCUCCGUAGUUGUGAAAGAAGAAGUAAAGCAUUGCAUGAUCUACAGCACGCCACGUGGUUACGGCUUCGCUGAGCCCUACGACCUCCACUGUUCUCUGAAGGAGCUCGUUCUGCACUACCGCCUCAACUCCCUGGCACAGCACAACCAGGCCUUGGACGUCCGGCUGGUGCACCCCGUCCACGUCACCCCUGUCUCGUCAGCUUCGCCCCGCACAGCCACAGAGGAUUGCCUGCUACUAAAGACAGAGGAACACCAUCUUCUACAGACUUCUACUAAACUACCCGCUGGACUCCCUGCAGCCGCGCCAGAGAUGUAGACUAGACGGGUGUGGGACCUGUUUGCAUUCUGUAGCUAUCCUAGUAGGACAACUUGAGGGCGGAUAUGCUUGCGUACUGAAGCAACUUAAGGGCAGAUGUGUUUGCUUAGUGAAGCAACAUGAGGGGGCGGACGUGUUUGCGUACUGAAGCUAUUCUACGGAUUUGCACUAGGAUGAUUCCAACAGAUUUGUGAAUGUGAUUUCACUUGAUUGGAACUUUGACCGGAACUUGAAUGUCAGCUGGGACUUUGUUUUUUAUAAGAUUCUGUUUGGUAUUGUUAUUGGUUUGUUUGUUUGUUUUUUUGUACCCAUUUUUUCACCUUUUCUUUUAUGGGAUACUAUUUGUUUUCAUUAGUGGGCCUGGUCAUCCAGUGGAUGACUGACUACAUGUACUAUAUCAUAAUAUGUUUAUAUUUGUCAGGUGCUCUUUUUUUAAUUUGGACUUCCAGGGCCCCAUUUUGACAACACAAAGAACUGGUGCUAAUGUAAAAUGAGACCGUAAUACACCCAAUACCUUGGAAUUUCGAUUUAUUUUCAAAUACGUGUUAAUUUCUGUGAUGUCCAUGCACGGCAGAUCAUUAAAGUGGGUUUAGAAUAUAAUGGUGCAGAAAAACAAGAUGGCUGACUCGGUGGCAUAGCUAGCUGUGGUACGUACCAAACUCGUUCUGAGUAUUUGAGUACGUAGUCAUGCAACUAUAGGAACUGAUGUAGCGCAAUUUGACAGUAGCGUUGAUUUUUUCUGUUGUCAAAUUAUAACCCAGUUACCAGUUGAUAUCUACCGUACUGAAUGUAGCAUAAACAAUUUUCAAUAUAUUCUUAGAACAACAUUCUACAUAUUGUAACCAAUAACCAAAGCACUUGUUAUUAGUGAGGAAAUGUGUGUCCCGACCAGAAAAUUCAGUUUAUGGUGAUGGGGGGGGGAAACACACCACACAUGUGCUUGAUCAAAACAUAAAUGGACUGUACGUUAUAUUCUGUUACUCAAAAUAUAAGCUUUUUGUAUUUUUAGAUAUAUAUUUUUUUCUGAAAUAUGCCACAGAAGAUGAAAGCUUGAGGAAAGUGCAAUCCAACAGUAUUUGUAAUGUUAGAAUUGAAUGAUUAUGAUUAUCGGGGGUCAUCAGCAUUUGCCAUAGAAAUGCACUAACUCUUGAUUGGUGGCGUUAUUCAUCUGAUGAUGUGACCUUUGAAGAACGUUUUUGUGUGAACUGCCAGAGGUGCGGAAGUGUUAAUUCUGUCUCUAUUACUUGAACUGUGGCAUUGCUCAAUACAGGCAUUGAAUGUUUCCUCAUGACAUAUAGGCCUACAUAGCUUAAGACGAAAGGAAUCCAUGUUGUUCUUGGCACAUUUGUCAAGUUUGAGGACAAUAGACACUCUGAAUUGAGAUACUGUAAAACUUGUUUUUGUGGUUGGUUCGAUGGAAGGUGUUUUAGUCUCUCUUAAAAACUUGACGGGAGGAUCGAGGAAACUCCUGGGGCGACGUUAAGCAAUAUGAGAUUAUUAAAACCUUUUCUUGCUGAAAGACAAUAAACUGAUGAGGGUUUUUUUGAA